AUGUGUUGUUGGAUAAUGAUGGGGACUGAAAGACGACGUCGUUCAAGUGACUGCUGUUGGUUUGUUAUUCAUUUCUCCUUACUGAUGAUUUUCGGAAAGCAGGCAUUGGCUGAACUGAGGUACUCUGUUCCAGAGGAGAUGAAAGAAGGUACGAUUGUUGGAAACGUUGCCAAGGAUCUUGGUCUGGAAAAAACGUCUUUGAUCGAUCGACGAUUUCGUGUUGUUUCCGGAUCUAAAGAUGCUUAUUUUGAGCUAAAUCCGGACAACGGUGCUUUACAAAUCCGUAAGAAAAUCGACAGAGAGGAGCUGUGUCAGGGGAGCGGUGCAUGCUUAAUUGAACUGAAAAUCCUUGUUGAGGACCCAUUAGAGGUACACUAUGUAGUUGUCGAAAUUACUGAUGUAAACGACCACUCCCCCAGUUUUCCUGAAAAAGAACAACAAUUUCAAAUAGCAGAACACGCAUCUCCGGGAACGCGAUUAGAACUUCACACGGCCCGUGAUCCAGAUGCGGGAAUGAACUCUAUUCGUACAUACACAAUAACGUCAAAUGAUCACUUUGAAAUAGAAAGUAAUCAAAGCGACGAUGAUAAGAUACCAUAUCUAGUGCUGAAGAAGCCCUUGGACAGGGAAAAACAGAAUACACAUUUGCUAUUUGUUACAGCAGUGGAUGGAGGUAAACCUCAAAGAUCAGGGACACUAAAUGUUUCAGUUGUUGUCCUUGACAUCAAUGAUAAUCGCCCGUUGUUUAGUCAAGAUACUUACCACAUAGAAAUAUAUGAAAACGUUCCACUUGGUAGGACUGUUACAAGAGUAAAUGCAGUAGAUCCGGAUGAAGGGAAUAAUGGAGAAAUAGAGUACAGCCUUAGCAAAACACUACCACGUAAAGUUUAUGAGAUUUUUGAUUUGGAUAGUAUAAGUGGACAAAUUAAAUUGAAAGGAGUCGUGGAUUUUGAGGAAUCAGACAUUCAUAAACUAGAUGUUGAGGCAUCCGAUAAAGGAACACCUCCAUUAACAAGCAGGUGUAGAGUCAUAAUAAAGAUAAAAGACGUCAAUGAUAAUCCACCAGAAAUAGAAGUCACAUCCCUGUCAAAUAAAGUGUCUGAAGAUUCAAAGCUUGGCACAGUUAUUGCACUUAUUAGUGUAACGGAUAAAGACUCUGGUAUUAAUGGGAAAGUUAUUUCACACAUAAGCGAGGAAGUUCCCUUUGAGUUAAAACCUUCUUAUAAGGAGAACACAUUUUCAGUUGUCACGAAGGGAUUUUUGGAUCGAGAGGAGGUGUCACAUUAUGUAAUAACAAUAAAAGCCACCGACUGUGGUGAACCUCCCUUAUCUACUUUCAAAACACUAAAAAUUCAGAUAUCAGAUGUAAACGAUAACGGACCACAAUUCUCUCAAAAUCCAUUGCAGUUUUACUUGUCAGAAAAUAACGUUGCCGGAGCGUCGGUAUUCUCUGUAAGCGCAACGGACAAAGAUGUGAAUGAAAAUGCAGCGAUAUCUUAUCAUAUUGCCAGACAGAAUGAUGUUACAUCUUUCCUGAAUGUAAAUUCUGAUAAUGGACACAUUUCCGCACUAAAAAGUUUCGACUUUGAAACUCUGAAAACUUUCCAGUUCCAAGUUGUCGCCACAGAUUCUGGAACUCCGUCACUAAGCAACAACGUCACAGUGAACGUGUUCAUUCUGGAUCAGAACGACAACGCUCCAGUCAUCCUGUAUCCAGUCAGCUCCAACGGUUCUGCUGAAGGUGUGGAGGAGAUUCCCCGC